UAAUAAUCUUACGAAUAAAAAUAAUAAAACUCGAAUCUUGUACCUGAGCUCCCAAAUGAUAAGAAACCAUGUCCCAAAUGGACACCAGCGCCGCCCUGAUGAAUCGAUCGACGCCGCCGCACCCGACGACACAUCGGACUAACGAUUUCUCUCCAAUUGAAUUCAUUCUCGGCCUCAUCGCCGUCAUCGCCAUCCCCGCCCUUGUCUACUCCUUCUUCUUCGCCAUCAAGUGCCCGCCAGGUCUCCUCCGCCUCUGGCGCCGGAGAUCCGCUAGGCUCUCCGGCGCUCCUGUCACCGUUGUAGCCGGAAAUCGUUCUUCUUAUAGUGAUGUGGCUGUGACGUUUAAGUACAAUAAGGACGAGGUUGGUAAGGAAGUCGGCAACGAAUGUCCUGUAUGCUUGUCGGCGUUCGUUGACGGCGAGGAGAUCCGGCAACUCAUCGCCUGUAAACACUCUUUUCAUGUGGAUUGCAUCGAUAUGUGGUUAUACUCUCACCCUAAUUGCCCGGUUUGUCGCGCGGAGAUCGCCAUCGCUGUUAAGCGGCCGAUUAAUAACCGCGCGCCGCGGCGACCGGCGGCUUCUAGAAGCGACGAUUUCCAUCAAGGACUGCCGGAUGCCGGAAAUUUAGUUUGAAAUUCUUCUUCUUCUUCCAUCUCUGUAUGUAGCGAGAUUCCGAUUACUGCAAAUUCGAACAAAUUACGUUCAAAUCUCAUCUCGAUUUCGUGAAUUUCAGUGGAUAGUUGUGGAUUAGAUCGGUUUCAAUUCCACAUAGCUUUGAAAAUUAGGUUGUUUUUUAUUCUGAAAUUCAAAGCGCAAUAUUGAAUUUUA